AUGAAACAUUCCCAACAGUUUCCUCUUCUUCCCGACUUCUCUGAAAGUCUUAGACAACAACUCGAAGUCGUCACAAUAGAAGAUAUUUUUCCCAACACAACCACUGACACAAUUUACCAACUCUUUGCCAAUAUACCUGUUCUUUACUCUACGGAAUUAUCAAACAGGAGAAUAUCACUCACUGUCCCAAAGAUCUAUACUGAAUCUAUAUUAAACUAUAAAAGUACUAUAAAGGAAUAUACUGGAGGAGUGGUCAACGUAGGGCCGAUAGGGUACAGUUUAGUUGUAUAUGUUCCUUUUAAUUCUGUCUCGAAAGAGCUGUCCGAGUACUUUUCAAGUUAUGGAACCGUCACGAGUAUUAAGAAGAUAGGUGGUGGUAAUUAUCAACUCACCUCCACAGAGCAAAUAGAAUACUCGAAACUUAUGAUCAACUAUUCUUCUUUAAGUGAUGCGGAACGAGUCUAUGCUGAUAUUAACGGGAAGGAUUAUUUUGAAUGUGAAUUUUGUGUACGUGCAUAUAGAAUGUAUAUCAUAAAAGACGACAAAACUCCACUCUUCCAGAUGAAAAAGAAAAAUGAGCAGAUUCAGUGUCUUUACCAAGGGAUGGGUAGUACUGUUAAUCACCCACAAUCCCCUAAAAUAGUAUCCCCUAUCCCAGCAAUACCAAACCCUACUCAACAAUUCUAUACCCCUCAAAGGUACGAUACACAAGAGACAAAUCCUUUACUUUCAGCUUAUAGUAAGACACCUAAUAGACAGCUUCAAACUCCCGCUUUUGUCCCAAAGCAUUUAAAACAACAGCAACAAAUCAGCCCUUCUUUACAAAUGCAAAAUGUGAGUGUGACACCAACGGAGAGUCCAAAUGGCAUUCUUAAGAAGUCCUAUCCGUCUUUUACUCCUUUCGAUGAGUUAAAAACUAUUCGACUGAUCUGCACUAUCCCACCUACUUGGGGCUUGGAAGAGACUAAAAAUGCAAUUCGGGACACUGGCGUUGAAAUCCUCAAAUUCCACAAACGAACAGUGAAAGGGUUUGGUUCCUGUGCGACGGUAGUUGUCUAUCAGGGACAAGAACAUUUGUUACUUGGAAGGGUCUUUAAUGAAACGUUCUUUGCGGUGGAGACUAACGUCCCCUUCAAUUCUCUCAAUUUCGCAAUCGACAAGGACAUUCAAGAACAAAUUAAUUCGUUAAAUAAAGUCUUUGUGACACAUACACCACCCGCUUUCAAUACAAUGAAGGCCGCUGAGUUGUUUUCCGCGUUUGGCAGAAUCCUACACAUCUGGGUCGAUACUAAGAAACAAAUCGGGUUCAUCACUUACUUCUCAUUGAAGACGCUCAGAAGGUUAUUGGCUUCAAAAAGUCGAUGGAAUGUACGUGUCACAACAAAAACUGUAAUCUCGUGUUUUUCGAGUGAGAAACCACAUGCGUAA